CGCUCGCGAACGCGCGCGCCUUCCACUCGCGAGUUCCGAAUUCUAAUCUGUUUUGUUUCGACAAGGCGGCAAAAGUGUUUAGUGAUAAUCCUUAACUUUACUAUCGGUGCUGAAGUGGUGUGAAUGUCUGUCGGGUGUGGUGAUGUGACGGAUGCAUGACAUGCGGUGGUUGCUAGUGCUGGCAGUGGUGGUGGUGGUGGUGGCGGCGGCGACGGCCGGUCCGCGGCGCUGCGCCCCCCGCCUGGCGCGGGAGCGGCUCAAGGCGGCGGAGAAGGUGCGCGCGCGCCGCCCCCUGCCGCCCUGCUGCGCGCCGCCCUGCGCCCCGCGCCGCCGCCCGCCCUCCACCGCCAAGUACCAGCCCUUCCACAAGACGUGGUACGGCCUCAAGCACGCAUAUAAGAAAGCUGCGCGCCUCACGCCGCAUCGCGCUAAUGUAGGCCCAGAACAAUGCGCGUUGGGCAACUCUAUUUCGUUGGGCAACACGUCGGGCAACGGGUCCAUCUCCGUGGGCAUGCUGGGGCUAAUUACACCAUCGCGAUGGGGCAUUAUGUCCGCCGAGUGGGGCCGCCAUCGCGGGUACAGAUCUUAA